CACCCAGCGCUCGGAGCGGGGCUGCCCUGGCUCCGGGAGCGCUGCCGCCGGCUGGGGCUGUGCGGGGGCACCCCGAGCCGAGCCUCGCUCCCCACCCUGUGAUGCGAGCCGCAGGCAUGCUCAGUAGCCGGUGCCUACCCCUCCUCUGCCAACAACAGAGCCUACAACAGUAGGAGCCGGCUGGCAGCAGGCGCGGAGCCGAAAGCCAUCUUUGCUGGAGAGGGAGGCAGCGCAGCCCGCUCGCCGCUCGCCACUCGCCCCUCGCCAUGUCUGUUCCAGCUUCUGCCCAGGGUGCCAGCGGUGCUGCAGGGGCUGCAGGGCCCCCUCCUGCCACCAAUGUGUCCAGCAACAAGAGGCUGCAGCAGACACAAGCCCAGGUGGACGAGGUGGUGGACAUCAUGAGGAUGAACGUGGACAAGGUGCUGGAGAGGGACCAGAAGCUGUCAGAGCUCGACAACCGGGCAGAUGCAUUGCAAGCAGGUGCCUCACAGUUUGAGACCAGUGCAGCCAAACUGAAGAGGAAAUACUGGUGGAAAAAUUGCAAGAUGAUGAUCAUCCUUGGUGUAGUAUGCGCAGUCAUUCUCAUUAUAAUUAUAAUUUAUUUCUCCACUUGAAAAAGCAAAGAAGGAAGACUUGGCACAACUUUGUUCAUAUCAACCGAUGUGUUCCUUUGUUGAACUCCGCUUUUUAAUUCCCGGUGUCUUGGGAUUUUUGCUUGUAAUAACCCAUAAGCAUUCAGUGUGGUGUAUUUUGGAAUUCUGUUGUUUCCACAAGAAACUGUACCAGCUAAAUACUGCCAAGUAGUUCCAUACACUGUCUAAUCACUGUGUCUUAAAAUGUGUACGCACUGACCUUCAGAAACUGUAGUAUAUAAAAAGCAUCCUAAAACAUCUCAGAAUCAGAGAAUGCAGCUGUGGGGAAACUCCUGUUCAAAGGGACACUGUCAGGUGGAUGGGACCCAAAUCUAAGGUUGCAGCAAACAUUAGGACCAAAUUCUCAAUCUGAGCUCCUAAAGUUGGAUGGCAAAAUCCAUUGUCAGAUGUAUCUGUUACUCCCAUUGAAAAGAGUGGUACCUAUAAGUAUUCAUGUAAGAUAUCAUAUUUCAAUUUAGCCAACCAAACACAAAUUUUUUUGAGAUUAAGUGUAGAAUCCAAGUCUAAAAACAUUGUCCACAGGAAAUGAAUUAAGACUGGUUUAUCCUCUUUUAUGCAUUUAAUUUUUUCGCUAUAGGAAAACACCUCAAGGUGUUCUGAAUAACCAAGAUGGUCUCAAUAUGAAAGCCAGAAAGAAAAAAAUCUGGUAUGACAGCCAAGAAGCAUUGGCUGGCACAGGCCUGAAAAAGCCAAGGGAAAUGCAGAAGUGGUAAUACAAGCAUCACAAAUGACUCAGGUGCAGUCUCUUGCUGAAAACUCAAGGCACCAUUUGUCAGGGACAUCUCUUGAAUGGCAAUCCCCAAUAAUUAGGCCCUGACUUGAAGCCCAUGAGCAGUGUUGGUGAUGUGUGUGGCUGCCCAGCUCUGUUGGAGGAAGCUGCCUCUGCAGCAGUUUGCAGAAAUGGUCCCCACUGCCAGGAUGGUUCAAAAAUCAGGAAGAAGGGAGGGGGAAGAGUGGGGAGAGGCUGAGAAAGGGAAAAGUGCCUAGCAAAGCUUUUCUGGAGAAGAGGAAGGAACAGAAACACUGUUCUAAGUAGUAGUGUUAGUAGGCUUUAAAAAUAUAUUUUUUAAUUUGUGCUCGUGGAUAGUUCAUAAACUAUAGUGCCAUCUUUGUAAAGUGCUCAGCUGAGAUACCUAUUACACUCAAUUAAUUUAAACUAGCAUUUGAUGUAAUUAAAAGAAAUUAUAUAUUAUGGCUUGAGAGAAAGUUCUUGUAUGCUCUUGUGAAUUUCUUAUUUUUUUCUUUUUAAAACAGUGAAUAGUUUAAUCAUCCUUAACCAAACUAAAAAUGACUUAAUCAAAUUUUGUGCCAGGCAAUUCAGAAAAGGCUCUUUUUAGGAUAACUCCUUCAGAUUUUCUAAAAAGAAUUCAUAGAAUUAAAAAAAUAAUAAUUUCAUGGGUUGGGGUUUUUUGUCUGCAAUUUAAUUAGGGAAUAGAAACAGUGAUAAUAGUAGCAUAAAUAUUCCCACUGUAGAGUUUCUCUCUUGACAUGAUUUUAGGUUUAAAGAAAUGGAGAGCCUGACCAGUUUGUUGUGAAUCUCUAUAUAAAUUGUGCUGAAGCAGAAUUUUGCAUAGAGAAUAAGUAAUGAUCAAUUGAAAGGUUCCAGUUGCAUUUUUCCCUACAGAUUCAUCACUUUAUAAUCACGUGUACUGCUUCAUAUCAUUAAGUAACAAGUGGCCCGUCUUAAUGAAGAGGAAUAUUCAAAGUUACUGAUGUGAUACUCCCUGGUUUGCCCUGAUCACUUCAGUCCUUCAGCUGAGUGAGAACACAAACAAUUCUGAAAUCCUCAUGGGCUGGACAAAAAUCAGCAGUGAUGAAACACUGACUCCAUGAGGUGACAGCUGAGGGCUGUGUAUAAAUGAGCUUUCGCUGGUAGAGGAAUGAGCCAUCCAACUUCAGGAGCCUUUUUAAACUGCUAAGAUAACUGGAUAGCUGAUGUGAAGGAAUUAUCUGCUGAGAGUGAGACCCUGCCACCCACACCCCUGUUGAGCGUGGUGUCCUCACAGGGCUUCUCUGCUGACCAGACUCAUGAGAUGAGGAUAGCUUUUGCUGGAGCUGGUGCAAUCAGGAAGGUGAAAUGCUGAUACUGAGCCUUAAUGCAGAUGUUCCUUCUCCUCUGGAAGGCUGAACUGAUACUCAGCUGAUAGGACUGCAAAUACACAUUAAAGAGUUUGAAUCCUCUAGCUACAAACACACAAAACCCCCAAGUGAAACUGCAGUGGAAGUGCCACAAGGAUGCAAAGCUCAGAUCCUCCCAGCUCAUGUAGUUCAAGCAAGUUAAUAAUAAAAUAAUACCUUUUGGUGAGAGGGGAGAAUAGAAACUACUCUUUAUGGAAUGUGGACCCAUUCUCUCUCAAAACUGUAACUAAUGGGAAUGACUGCUAAAUAUAAGUGAGAAUUUGCAAGGAAGAGUUAAGAAACCUGCCUUCUAGUGGGUUGUAGAAUGUUUGUGAAGAGACUAUUUCCUUCUGUGUGGCAAAUUAAUGUGUUUAACUUUCCAAAGUCGUUUGCCCACAGUGUGCCUGUGAAUACUCAAUGUUUGCUACUACUUGUGCUGUGAUGGUUAGUUGUAAUUGGUGAGAUAAGCCAGAUAACCUUUCUAAUUCAGCCCAGAAAACAUGAAAAAGUGUGUCUUUCCCUGGUGCACAGGCCCAGAGCUCAGCUGCUCUUGCAGAGGGUAAAACCUUCAGCAAGGAGAACAUGGUAAAACAGGACUGUUCAGGGCCACAGAUUGCACCGCAGCAUCUCACAUGAGCAGGCUGGUGCAGAGCACAAUCUAUACACACACAGCUGGAGAUCUUACUUGUGUUGGGCCCAGGAUUGAUUGCUGUCCACUCGCUGCUUCUACAUUUGAAAUGUCCAUGAAGUUCCACUUGCCUGCCUGUAAAUUUUCCAGAAAAGGUGAUGUCAUUCUUGUUGGGUCACCACCGAUGGGAAUUUCAGCUCCUGCUCUGCCCCACUAACACUGCCUUGACCCUUCCCUUGGGCUGGUAGAUCACAAAAGGGCUUCCCCUUAGUGACCCCCUGGCAAACCCUCAGAAGAGCCCAAGGCCAUUGCUUUCUGACUGCCACCUUGAGCACCAAACUGCAGUCUCUUCUGGCUGGAAGGACUGCUUUGGAUAGCUUUAUCCAGAAUUAGCCAUUGCUUGAGAUCUGCAUAUUCCAUCCUUACAAGAAGCUCCUCCUCUGCUUUCUAGAGCACAGCUGUACAUCCCAGAGGUUGUGCAGCAGGAGAUGCUCUUUGCACACAGCACAGCUGAAAGGAAGGAGUUAACAGCUGGUCAGAGCCUGUUCCACGCCCUGCUUGGCUUCUCAGCGAUCUUGUGCAUGAUCCCACAUCAGUUUCUGAGCUUGAACAAGCGUUGCUUGCACCCACUACCAGCAGGUACUGAGGUCCUGCUUGGGCAUUACACUUUCUCUCAAAUUCAGCUCAUACUGUAGUAACACAGAUGUGGCUUUAAACCCAAAAACGGUGCUGCAAAGAACUUGGCAGGAAAACUUAGAGUGGAAGCCCUAACAAGGUACUUGACCUGAUUUUCACUCAACAGCAUUACAUAACAGCACAGUCAAUCCAACAGAGUCCAACCUAAUCCAAUACUAUUAGAAGGAGGAUGGGAGAAUCUGAUAAAGAUUCUGAAUGUAACCUAGGGUCUGUAAGACAAGGGGUGAUUUAGAAAUGUAGCCAGUUGGAUUUCUAAAGCUGGCACCUUCAUUCAGUUGGAACUUGCACGAUGUUAGCCCUGAGAACAGUUCAGGCAAGUGAAAUAUUUGGCUUUUUUCUUUUAAUAUGGCAAUCUGCAAUAAGUGACUUAAACACUCAGUGAUGGAAGAGCAGGACAUUAUUGGCUAUGCAAGGAGUGAAAUAGAACAGCCUCAAUCUGUUGUGCUUUUGUCUGAGUAGCAAGACCUUUUAGAAUUCUGCUAAUUUCUGUCUAUCGAAUUCUACUGUUUCUGUCACUGUUCCUCUGACAGGGCUUCACCUAACUUAAAUUUUGUGAGCACCUGGACUACUUCUUGUCUGAAUACAAUGGAUUUUAGCUCUUAAGAGCAAGUUCUUGACAUCAUUAUUACAGCAUAUCUGCAAAAUGGUGAUGUCUGCUUCUCAGGAGGGCAUGGACCAUGGGAGACUCACACUUCAGGAACUUUGAGAAGCUCAAUCUCAACUUUUUUCAGAGAGAAUUUUCUCUAUUCUGUGGGAGAUUAUCAACACAGAGGGAAUGUGCAUGAUGUAUUAUUUUUUUUUAAGAGAGCACCUUGAUUGCAUGUUAGUGGGAGACCUUCACAAAUAAUCUAAGGGAGCACUUGGGUAGAAUCCAGGAUUUACAUCUCAACCCUGCUCUCCUGCCCUUUAAACAGGGAAGAGGGCUGAACCUGCAGCCAUAUAAGGCGCUGGGCUCUCUCCCAAUGUACACAGUGAGUAUUAGAGAAAGGCCUCAAAGCCUCUUUGAUCUGGAUUUGCAUCCUGAACUUUAGACCUGUAACAGAUCAUAACCUUUGGGCCCUCUAUCUCAUCAGAAAACUGAGGCGUUCUUCCAGCCAGUUCUUCCUCACCUGAUUUAGGUCUCUGUUGCUGGACAAGAUACAUUUGAGCCAGAGUAAGAACAAAGCACCCUCAAAUUAGUUUCUUUAAAAGCAAAAUUAAAAGGCUGGAUAAACUAGUUUGAAAUAAGUGAAUUGUAGAGAAAUUGUUGGCUGAAGGUUUCUCAAAUGGUAACAUUAUUGUCAGGAGGGAUUCUAUAUUGGGCUGUAUGAAACAACCAAACCAGAACCUCACAUCAGAUUCUCUUUCUCCAUCUGGUAUACUUCAGAAAUAUUUCAGGAAAGGAUUUUGUUUUCCUUUUUAGGUAAUUUCCCUUCCUCAGUUGAUUAAUGUCUCAAUUGAUGUGCUCAGUAGUUUUUCUUCUCCAUUGAGAACUGUAAGACUCUCUGCCUUUAAACCCGUGCUUAAAAAGAGAUCUGAGCCACCCAAGGAGUUUACCUUUCUUCCUGGUGCACUGACAUUUAAAAGCUACAUCUUAGAAUAAAGCAGAAAAUCUGGGGCAGUCUGGUUACAUGCAGUUUUGGUGGAGUAAACACUUGAUUAUUCAACAAUGAGUCACUCCUGCAGUAACCUUAUUCUGUCAUGAGUGUAUCACAUCUGCUAACUCUCCAAAGCAAAAACCAGAACCUUCACAGCUUUCAAACAUGAAUGCAGCCUCAUGGUUUGCAUGUAACACUCUAUUCAACAAAAGAAGACAGGUACUAGGAGUUUAAAAGGGCCAAGUACUUGUUCUCAACGAGAAUAUAUCCUAGAGAACAACAAAGACAAUUAUGAAGAAAACCUUCUCCAUUCUUUAGCUCCUCUCACAGUGUCUGGCUUAUCCAUUGUUCUUCAAGUCCUUCUCUGUUCUCUUAGAAAGCUGCUGUGGUUUUGGAGUGUAGUGUAUUUUGAACACAGAAUAUUGGGGCUGUUCUGCACUCUGGGUUGACUUCUUGCCUUCUGCCACACUGUCAGUGUUGCCCUGAGCCAGAGCUCAGGUGGGCCUUGGCUGAAGCAGAACCUCCUCCCCGUAACGCCCAGCUCUCCUCAAACCUCCACUCUCUCCUGGCCCUUCAUUUGGUUCAAAAUCAUGUCAUACAAAAGAAGGCUAAGCAACACCAUUUUUGCUACACUGCCUUAAAUUGUAACACUGGAAUUUUAAUUUAAUUUAUUUAACAGUUCUUGUAACAGUAAUUUCAUUAAUUUUGUUGGAAAAGGAGGAAACAGCAAAUAAGGAUAUUGUAGUAAUCACAAUGUCGUAAACUGGGAAAUGGUCCAAGUGAAAUACUGCUAACAUUCAGUAAACUCCUUUUUAUAAGUGGCUCUACCUAAGAGUCCCCUUUCUAUAUUAAAAUUAAGCAGUGCUUGUCUAUUAAAUUCAAAUACUUAAAAUGAACUAUGACAGAUGGUAGGGUUUUUUCUGGACAAUGCAGGAGAUCUAUGCAGGCAGGAUGGUGCAGACAGCACCAUUUGGGGUACUCUAGCCCAUGACCUGGGGCUGCUGGCAGCUGCAGCAGUGGUCAAGAGCUUCAGUCACAUCAGAAUUUCAGAGCACCUGGGGCAGAAAAGAUCCAGCCUGAACAUCCACUCUGUCCUAGAGCAGUUUAGGCUCAGUAAGGGAAUCUUUGUGGCACAGCGUGAUCAUUUUGGUUACUCUUGGUCCACUCUGGUACCUGUGCUUGUCCACCUGUAAAUGGUCUAAGGUGAGGAUUAAAAAAUCCCUUUGUUGAAUCCAUUAUAUUCCUGUCAUAUACAUGUGAACACAUGGUGGUGGUCUGAGCUUUUUGUGAGAAGUUUAAAAUAAUUAAAUCAGUUUCUCCCCCUAAUACAUUGCAAGUUUGUUUAAAGUAAAACUAAAUAAUGGCAGCUGCAAUUAUCUUGUUUGUAAAGAUGAAGGAUUGAGAUAGUGCAUAUAAUGCACCUACAAUUUCAUAGACACACAAUGCAUAAUUUUUUUCAGAAGUUUAGCUAUUAAUAUUUAUAGUAUUGAUCUGAAAGCAUGCUAAAAUCUCUUUAUUAAUGAAAAUAGUCUUGGUUGGAACCAAAAAUUCAGUAAUCAGUGUGACUACCAUGCCACUAGCAAGCUACUAAAUAAUGCAAGUUCAGCCUUUCAUGAAACCCAAAGGGAAGAAAUAUUCUGAUUAAAAGUAGAAAUGUAUGGUAAAGACGAUGAGUAUAAAGUUUAACCAUUACGUAUUUACAUAUUACUUAAGCAAUUGGCAGCUAUAAAAAUAGUCAAAUUAUUAGUUUCCAAAUCUUAACAAUAGAUUAAAGAAAUUUUUUCCCAUUAGAAAAGCUAACUUCAAUCUAUGUUCCACCUACUUUUUCCCCAGACAAUAAAAUGCCAAUAUUGCUAUGACACACUCACAGGUCUGCACAAUAAAAUGUUACAGAUAGCCCACUACUUGUCAUGAAAAACAUAAUUAUUUUUGUAAAUGAAACAUCCUCCCUCCCCCAACCACAAAUAUGGUAAAAUAUUGCUCACAUUAGUUUUGUCACCAUCACUGAAAGAUUAGAAAUUAGCAACUCCUACUCAAGAGCGGGACUUAAAAACAUGCUUUGUCUGUUGCAAAAAUACAUUCUGAGGGGGAAGCACUAACUGUCUAGAGGUUAAAGUUUUAUUUGACAACUCCUAUUCUUUUUCCCUUCCCCUUUCCAAAGGAAGUGCUUAUACAUGUACAUAGGCAUUUGCCAUUUGGGUGAGAUGUUUUCCUUCCAAGUGUGAAAGAGAUGAAACAGCCACUAUCUACUGUGAGCAACCUUUAGUUUGUUUUGCAGCAUAAACAAUAUACGAACUCUUAUUAUAAACUUGUUAUGCUCAUUGCAGGAAAUGAGUUCACAGUCAGCUAAUUAGUAUUUUCUUUAAUGACUUAUGCUUGAGUCUUAACACAGAAGAGCAGCCUCUGGAGGCGUUUGUGUAAUCAAUUCAGCACUGUAGCAUCUCACCCUCGCCAGCCUGGAGUGAGCAGCAAGGCAAGCCCUGGUCUGGAAGUGACUUCAACAUGUGCCUAAGCAUACAGGGAAUUUCUGUUUUCUGUUUAACAUAACAAAAACCCCCUCAUUUGUCCUUGCUAGAUCCAGGCCUGGCAUGGGAUCUGUGCCGUGUUCUAAUUCAGAAGAGGAAAAGCCUUUCCUUUGAAUGAUAAAAAAUCAGGGAGAAAAGGACGGCUGGGGUUGUGUGAUGUCCUGCUCGAAGCAGGUCUGCCUUUGAGGUUGGAGCAGGUUGCAUGGAUCUUGUCUGGGUGAGGCUUAAAAACCUCCAAGGCCCAUGGCUCCACAACAAAUUCUGUAAUUGGAUGUAUUCAGUGCCCUACCAAGGCUGAUAAAAGUGCAGGAAACACCUUUGUAAGUGCAUGUGGUUCAUGGUUUUGCCUUUUUGUUCUGUUGUGCACUGAUCUGAUUAGAAUAAAAUUCAGACCUAGUGGAACUAAGUGCAACCCCCCAUUUUUUCAAAGAACUUCCACCGACAUCAAGAAAUUUUCUUUUUCUUGUUCCCAAUGGACUAAGGCAGAUGUGCUCAUGCUGAGGACAUCAGUGCCUUCUCUCCCCUGUGUGUGUGUGUGAAGCCUGCUUCUCUGACACUGAAACUGGAAUAGGCAUAGAAUCAGAUUCAGGACAUCUGCUGAAGUCUUGUUCUGUAUUGUCUGAGGUCAUUGACAAAAAUCUUGAGUGGCUACUAAGUUACUAGACUGGCACCAAAGAAAGAAGAGGAUUUACUGAGAUUACUCUUUCUCCUCACAAGUACCCUUGGCAAUGCCACACCUGUUUCAAAUGCUGAUGGAAUGGCAGUGCAAAUAAAAACCUUUCUUCUACCUCUUUCCUUGUAGUUCUUCAAGCUUUACUUCCUGUAAUGGGAAUAAUCAGAAAUAAGUUUUCAGUUGCCCUUUUAAAAGCUCAAACUCCAGACCAAAUCUCUAAUUGCAUUCUUUUAAAGGCCACACAGUAGUGUUGAGCUCCGUAGUAAAACACUCAGAAAGGACCUGAAAGUCUGUGCUGGAAACAGCAUCUCUCACCUCAUAGACUCAGCUGUACUGAGCAAGGAGCUGUGAUUUGUGCCUCUACAGAAAACAAUCCAUUUGCACCUUAUUGGAACUAUCUGGAGAGGAAAAGAUAAUGUUGUGGAGACCAGGACAUUUCUUAAAGUGCUUUACCUGGAGGUCAGUGGAAUUUCAUUUAUAAAUGAUAAAAUGCAUGUAUUUUGAAGCUGAAGUAGUGAUGACUGACAAAGUUUAAUAUUACUGUACUUUUCUGUGAACAGUGAUUUUUUUGAAGUGGUGAACAUAUUUUCCAAGAAUAUCGUAGACAUUUGUAACAUGUAUGUUUGUGCCAAUAAAUCUGGUUUUAAGAA